AGUACAUUUUCAGUGCAAAGCCCACGUAACGCUGUGAAGUGUUUGGAAUCCUAUUUAAAAUAUAAGUGGUAGUUAACAGUGUUUAGUUUUACUUUUCAAGUGCAAGGAGUUGUAGUUGUAUUAUUUAGUUACAAAAAAAAAACAUCUUGUUUACUUGUUGUUUACGAACAAAAGUAAGUUGAAUAUCAAUUAUCGCUUAAAUAUCAAUGCAAAUCAGUCACAGGUGAUAUUUUUUCAGCGAUAAUGAAGGUGAGAAAAAAUGCUAUAACAGCGGAAGCUUGGACAAAGUUUCGUUUGUUGAUGUGGAAGAAUUUUUUGCAACAAUGGCGGCAUCGACUUCAGACUUUCCUAGAACUAUUUUUACCUGCCCUAACAAUGACUCUAAUUCUUAUUCUACGACAACAGAUAGAACCAGAAAAACACACAACAAUCCAAUAUCCACCUUUAAACGCUUAUACUUUGAAUUACUCAUUACCUGUUAUGGCGGGUCUUAAUUUUAGCGAACUGUCAAUAGCAUAUUCACCGCAAAGCCCAGUUUUAGAUGAUGUAAUUCGAAAUGCAAUGAUAAAUCUAUUUAGUCACAACAUAAAAGAAUUAAUCUCAAUUAUAGCUGAACAAGAACCUGACUUUCCUGAUAUACCUAUAGAGAUACCUCCUGACAUAGCUGAAAAUAUAAAUAGUACACUUAUUCUUGAGAUUGCAAAAAGACUUGUGAGCGUAAAGGCAUACAGAAAGAGUUCAGAAUUGAGAGGUAUUUACAAGAACGAACAAGCAACUCGAGAGAUCAUAGCGGCUGUAGAAUUUGAUGAUAGCUUAUUAGGCAUAAAUUUUUUACCAAAAGACUUGUCGUAUGCGCUUAGAUUUCCAGAAAGACCCCGUUUAAAUUCAUUCCAUGGUCUCGGAGGGCGAACCUGGCACACAGAUGCUGUUUUUCCAUAUAUGGAGUUACCUGGGCCGAGAUUUCCUUAUUCUUGGGAGGGUGGCAAUGAGCCAGGUUACGUCAACGAGAUGUUUAUUGCUAUACAGCACGCUAUAUCAAUGGAGUUAAUUUCUCGUUUGACUAAUAUAAAUAUGGAAAAUUUCAAUGUUAAUUUCCAAAGAUAUCCUCAUGCACCAUACAUUAAUGACGUUGCUGUACAAGCACUAAUAUUGAUAUUCCCAAUGUUCUUCAUGUUGAGUUUUAGCUACACAGCUGUUAACAUUAUACGCGUUAUUACCAUAGAGAAAGAACUUCAACUCAAGGAAACGAUGAAAAUAAUGGGCCUCCCCGCUUGGUUACACUGGACUGCCUGGUUUUUUAAGCAGUUUAUAUUUUUGUUUAUAACAUCCGCCUUUCUCAUGAUUAUACUAAAGGUAAAUUGGUUUACAAGUGAGCAAGGCUUCAGUGAUUAUGCCGUUUUUACUAACACGCCUUGGACCGUCCUAUAUUUCUACAUUAUUUUAUAUAUAUGUUGCACCAUAUGUUUUUGCUUUAUGAUAAGUGGUUUAUUCUCAAAAGGCAGUAUGGCAGCGUUAUUUGGAGGCGUUAUUUGGUUUAUGUCAUUUAUCCCGGCUGUGCUGUUAGGAUUGGACAUAGAAAUACCAUUUGCAGUCCAAGCUCUUUCAUGUUUUAGUAUCAAUUCUGCUAUGUCCCUCGGCUUUAAAAUCAUGUUAAGCAAAGAAAAUACUGGAGGUUUGCAAUGGGGAGAUUUUUUUACAACGCAUUCGGUGGAUUCAACCAGGUUGUUAUUUGGUCAUGUUUGUGUAUUUCUCUUGGUGGACACAAUACUGUACAUGAUGAUAGCACUUUAUUUGGAACAAGUUCUGCCAGGCCCGUUAGGAACGCCGAAACCUUGGUAUUUUCUAAUUCAAAAGUCCUUCUGGUGUUCGUCAGAUCAUGAAACAGAUGUCUACAAAGUUACUAAUGUUACUGAUGUUGCUGAUACUAUUAAAGAGAAGGAUCCUAAAGGUUUAGAAAUUGGAGUUAAAAUGUCGAAUUUGACGAAAGUUUAUGGAAAAAACAUUGCAGUUAAUAAUAUGAGUUUGAAUAUUUAUGAUAAUCAAAUUACUGUCUUGUUGGGACACAACGGGGCAGGGAAAUCUACGACGAUCGCAAUGUUAACAGGUAACGUGGAAAUAACAAGAGGGAAUAUUUGGGUAGCGGGCUACAACAUGUCCACGCAGGCACCCCAAGCUCGCAGUCACAUAGGUCUCUGUCCACAACAUAAUGUCCUAUUCAAUGAACUUACAGUCCGAGAACAUUUAGAGUUCUUCUCAAGACUAAAAGGAUUCUCUGGCCAAGAACUUAACGAGGAAAUAGAUAAUCUUAUUGAUAGAUUAGAGAUGCAGGAAAAGAGAAAUUACCUUGCGCAAGGGUUAUCUGGUGGUCAAAAGCGACGUCUGUGCGUAGGAAUAGCGCUAUGUGGCGGCGCGCGAGUCGUACUUCUCGAUGAACCGACAUCUGGUAUGGACCCCGCCUCUAGGCGAGCUCUCUGGGAUCUGCUGCAAAAAGAAAAGAAAGGUCGUUCAUUGAUCCUCACAACACAUUUCAUGGACGAGGCUGACUUCCUUGGUGACCGGGUAGCAAUUAUGUCCAGUGGUCGUCUGCAAUGCGUUGGCUCCCCUUACUUCUUGAAGCAACAUUAUGGCGUCGGUUAUACUCUUGUGAUUAUUAAGAAAGAACAAUUCCAAAUUGAAUAUUGUACUGCUCUCAUUAGCAAAUAUAUACCAGGGACGGUGAUUAAAGAAGAUCGUGGCAUUGAAGUCACCUAUAAUUUACCAAAUGAUUAUUCGCACGUAUUUGAAGACAUGCUCAAUGAUCUUGAAAAGAAAGCAGAUAUCAUCAAUUUCCAGGAUUACGGCUUAGUUGCUACGACGCUGGAAGAUGUUUUUAUGUCCGUUGGGUCUGACGUAGAAAUUCACUCGAUAUCAGAAGACACGACUAUAACUGCAGAUGCAUCUGACGGUAAAGCUAGCAGUGCAGAUGACUUAUCCCUACACCAUUUAGACAGAAGUGAUGAAAGUGCAACCGGCUUUCUGUUAUUUUGGAUGCAUGUCAGUGCUGUAUGGUUCAAGUUGUUCUUAGUAUGGACUCGUUCUUGGGGAAUUCUGUUGUUACAAAUUCUAGUGCCCGUUAUUCAAAUAAACAUAAGUUUAGGCAUAUUAAAAUAUUUAGUGUCACUCCAGGGAACAGUGAUUGAAAGGCCGCUAACUCUUGCACAGGGAUAUGUUGCGACGGAAACUUUUUUAAGUUUUAAUGGAAGUAACUGGUCUUCAAUAGGUGCUAUAGCAAAGGCUGGAUAUGAACAAUUGUUUAAUAGUUUUAAUAUGGAUUCUAUGGCUAUUACAAUAGUGAAUGACAAGAACAUUGACGACUACUAUCUAGAAAGGACGACAGAUUCAGUUGAAUUGGGCACGCUACGUAACCAACUUUUAAUUGGCGCAACAAUUUAUGAAGAUAAUGCCAUAGCUUGGUUUAGUAACUUCGGUUUUCACGACGUGGCUACCUCAUUGGCUACCUUGCAUUCAGCAAUACUCAAAGGUCUCGACCCCGAAGCCAGUCUGAAUGUUUCCAAUUACCCACUAGUAGCUACUUAUAACGAUAAUAGCGAUAUGCAAUUAAUGAUGUCUUUGGUGUCCAUGCAAAUUGCUGUUAGUAUUGGUAACAGUCUUGCUAUCACCAGUGCAGUUUACGUCAUGUUUUAUAUAAAGGAGCGAAUUUCGCGAGCAAAAUUGCUGCAGCGAGCAGCGGGCAUACAGCCCGUGGUUAUGUGGGGGUCUGCUUUCCUUUUCGACUGGUUCUGGUUCCUACUAAUUUCUGUGACCAUCAUCAUCUCCUGUGCAGCUUUCAACGUUAUAGGAUUAUCUACUGCCACCGAACUAGGGCGUCUGUAUUUAUGUUUAAUGAUUUACGGAGCAGCGAUGUUGCCACUGCAAUAUUUGUUUUCUCUAUCUUUCACUGGACCUGCUCUCGGAUUUGUUAUAACUUUUUUCAUCAAUGUUAUAUUUGGUUUAAUUGGUAGUCAAAUAGUUGAAUCACUGUCUGUGCUAAAUAAUAGGGAUGCAGCUGAUAUACUAGACAUCAUUCUGCCCUUCUUUCCACUUUACAGUGUAGUGACCUCUGCAAGGUUGUUAAACCAAGUAGGACUUACGAAGUAUACCUGCAUGCAAUCCUGUGAUUACUUGAGUUUAAUUCUGCCGGAUGGCGAGGAGUGUACUAUGGAGACAUUGUGUAAAAACUUUUCAAAGAUAUGUUGCAUUCCUGAAAAUCCAUACUUUGAAUGGGAAAAGCCUGGCAUACUGCGCUACAUCAUCUGCUCGCUAAUAUCCGGUGCUGUCUUAUGGUUGAUAUUAAUGAUUUUUGAAUAUAAUUGGAUUCAAAGGGUAAUAAAACGUCAAAAGAAGUCUCCACCAGUGGAAGAAUCUUCAUUGGAUGCAGAUGUUGCGGAAGAAAUACAACACGCACAGCUCGUUAACCACAAAUCUUCAGAUAUUGCGCUCGUUGCUCGCGGCUUAACUAAAUAUUAUAAGGACAAUCUCGCAGUGGAUCAGAUUUCUUUCACUGUCAGUGAAGCUGAAUGCUUUGGUCUAUUAGGAGUUAACGGAGCCGGAAAAACUACAACUUUCAAGAUGCUAAUGGGUGACGAAACGAUCUCUAGUGGAGACGCUUUUGUCAGUGGUUACUCCGUUAAACAGAAUAUUACCAAAGUUUACGAAAAUAUAGGCUACUGUCCACAAUUUGAUGCAGUAUUCGGUGAAUUGACGGGUCGAGAAACCUUAAAAUUGUUCUCACGGUUUCGUGGACUAAAAGAUUGCAAUUCGCUACUACGCAUAGAAACACUCGCCAACGCCCUAGGAUUUACCAAACAUCUUGACAAACAGGUAUAUCAAUACUCGGGAGGAAACAAGCGCAAACUGAGCACAGCGGUGUCGAUGCUGGGUCGGACGCGGCUAAUCUUCGUAGACGAGCCAACGACGGGCGUGGACCCGGCUGCCAAGCGCCAGGUGUGGCGCGCCAUUAGGGCCGCGCGGCGCGCCGGCCGCGCCUUCGUGCUCACGUCGCACAGCAUGGAGGAGUGCGAGGCGCUCUGCUCCAGACUCACCAUCAUGGUCAACGGACGCUUUCAAUGUCUCGGCUCGCCGCAACAUCUUAAGAAUAAAUACUCUGAAGGUUUUACUUUAACGAUAAAAAUAAAAAUGGAUAAUGAUACAAGACAAUCUGCUGCUGAGAGAACUGAAGCUGUAAAGAAUUAUGUCAACGCGCAGUAUAAUAAUGUCAAACUAAUGGAGGAAUACCAGGGUAUCAUUACUUAUUACUUGCCAGACCGCAGCAUGCCUUGGUCUAGAAUGUUCGGCAUAAUGGAGGAAGCAAAGAGAGGAUUACACGUCGAAGAUUACAGCAUAUUACAAACAACUUUAGAACAAAUUUUCCUUCAAUUUACCAAAUACCAACGUGAAGAACUAUAGUAUUUAAAAUAUGAUUUAAGUUCUUGUGUAUAAAGCUCUUAUGGUCAAGCGCAAUCUUGUUGAUCUUAAUUCAUAAAAAAACGAAUGAUAUGUGAAUGAUAAAAUCAGUGUUGCUUACCUUUUUAUAAAAAAUAAAAUUGUUAAGUAUUAUAAAUAUAACUUGGCACUAAAAUACAAUUUAUACGCAGAUCAUAACACAAAAAUUGUAUUUGUAACGUUCGGCAUAUUUAUUCUAGAUAAUAAUGUUUGAAGUGACGCAUGCACAACGUUGCAACGUGUUAAACAAAUACGUCGCGUUUUUGAUAACAACAAAAAGUGAGCAUUCAUCUAAGUAUUUAGAAUAUUAGUAACUUUGUUAAUAUAUAGUUCAAUACGAUGACACGACAGUCUUCCGUUUCGUUUUUAAAUGACAAAAUAUGUUUAAAUGUUAUUUAUUGAAUAAUAAUGCUUUUAAUCUAUAAUUUUAUAUGUAUAUAUAGGCAAAUUAAUGUAAUAAAUAAUUGUAAUAUAUAUAUAUAUAUAAACGCCUCGUUAGCCCGAUUUGAUGUCGUUAGGUCUUUCAUGUAGAAUUGCAAAUAAAAAAAUUAAAGAGGUAUUGUAACGCAUGCUAGCCAAUUAGCUCAUUUUAUAUUUUAUAAAUAUUUUUUAUUUUUGUUUAUGUGCUGUUUCAUGUGAAUGUCCAAUAGCUCUUUUAAUAUUAACUUGACUCUAAUGCUAUAUAAAUUAUUUGAUACUUUAUACCCUUACAUUAUUAAAUGAGCAAAAUGUAAAUAUAAACUUAAA